AUGCUCACCCAGUCUUUGAUAUCAAAGAUAUUCGCCGUCACCAACCACUUGCCCAUCGUUGAUCAGCUGCAAGAAUACGCGACCAACCAAACGGUUGCCGUUAUUCCAAAUCUUUCACUGGACAGGCUUGUGGAUGAUGAUUUUAUUGCUGCAUUUUGUAUGAAAGGUAAUGUUACUGUGCUUCCACUGAUCCACUGUCCGGAAUUCAUGUUCAGUGUUCAAGAAUGCUACCGAACGAACUUGCGUCAACCGAAAUUCAUGCGCAACGGUCCUUUGCAUCGUCGUUUGCGGCAAUUUUUAUCUUCCUGUUCAAGGUCACUGGGUGCCAAACACGUGACUUGUUUUGUCAAUUGGACCCCGGAUCCCGUGGGUUCUGGAGUCGCUCUGAAUAGUAGUAGUAUCAGUUCUCUAAAUCCCCUGUCCCUUGCCCGAUAUCUCAGUUCAGAUAAUUAUCAUGUGAUCAAGUCAAUGGUCGAAGUGACCCAACGCACCCUCCAUCUGCCCGAACUUUUCAUCCAGUCAUCCUCUUCUGCACCGUGCAAAACAGAGGAGAACACACUCUCCUCGGUUGUGUUCGAUGCGGAUCGAGCCCGUGGUGCAUUUCAGUUGCUUGCUCUUGCUGUUACCGGACUUGGUCACCCCCCAGUACAGGCUCCUGAUAUCAAAAAUGACGCGUAA